AUGACGGAUCGCCCCUUCCUAGAGCUGGUGUGUGGGGCAGGGGGCAGUGGGCAGUUCACGGGGACACUCUCUGGAAGGCAGCGACUGCCGGAGAGGCAGCGCUGCUGCUGCUGCUGCUCUGGGGACAGAGGCGAGGAGAUGGGGUGGGAUUUCCCAGGGAGACCUUCUCCUCCCCACUCCCCAACCAGCCAGCCCCAGCACUCCUCUCGCAUGCCUCGCCCAUCCCAUGAUUACCUCUGGGCUGGGCCCAGCCCUCCCGUCGUAGGUAGAUCCGGAGUGACUAGUUCUCCCCCUUCCAGCUGCAAUCCGAACUCCCUCGGUGCCCCCUACCCACCUAGCUAUGGGGACAGAGACUUCCCCGCUUCUCCUCCUUCUUCUUUUUCCUCCUCUGCCUCGGUGUACCCAACUUGUUUCCCAGAAGGACAUCCCUUCGGGGCUCGGCUGAUGGACCCCCAGUACUCAGGUAGCCAAGAGGAAACCCUCUUGGCUCAGCCCGUCACCUCGGGAGACUCUUGGAGAGCCCAAGAUGAGGGAAGGGGUCCGCCUCUGGAGGUUGGCGGAGAGAUGGAAACUUUUGAAUGGAUGAAAGUUCAGAGGAAUCCGCCCCGAAGAAGAACAGUGAAGUUACAGGAUACCACAGCAGACAGCACAACUCCCCACUCCUCUCCCAGAACCAGCUUCACCACCAAGCAGCUGACAGAGCUGGAGAAGGAGUUCCACUUCAACAAAUACCUGAGCCGAGCCCGCCGGGUGGAAAUUGCCUCGGCCUUAUUUCUCAAUGAAUCCCAAGUGAAGAUCUGGUUCCAGAACCGCAGGAUGAAGCAGAAGAAAAGAGAGAGAGAAGUCCUACUGGGGGGAACUGCUGCUGGCCACAGUGGGCGAGGCUCUUCCUCUUCCGACAAAUCAGAUCUUGCCUCUCCAGCAUCCUCCCCUAGCAGGAGCAAUGAGGGCACCAUCACUCCACCUCUUUGA